UGCUGGUCCUGGAUCCAUGGUAGAGUGUACUAGAAUUCUAGUACACUCUAAUCCAUGGGCUUCAAUGAUAGUUACGCUGGACUCUGUGGUAUGAAUUAUAAAAUGCAGAACUGGCACUGCGAUUUCGGUACAUGGAGCCUUUUGCAACUCGUAUGAUUGAACAACUCUGGCUCUCGGCACAUACAGCGAGGUCAUUUCGCAGGUAUAUUUGUACGACAACAAAACUGGUAGGUGUUCUGUGACAACAAGCGCGUGCGGGAACGCUUCGCACGCUGGCAGCCGCUUCGGCCCAAUCAUUCUUAUUAUGGCUGACAGAUUAGGUGCCUUUUCCCUUCUAACCACUACCCAAUCAUCCACUCAGAGCCCACGCAGCGAGCACUACUCGUUACCGCUCGGCCGCAUGAGCAACCUACAAGCCAUAGCAGCAGCGCGGCGAGCUCGCAACGCAGCUGCAGCUCGGGCUCGCCGUCAAGACCCUGCGGCGAAAGCCCGGCAGGCCGAAGCAAAGAGGGCUCGCCGUCAAGCAAACCCUGAGUUGCGGCUCAAAGAAGCAGCAGCGUCGAGGGCUCGCCGUCAAGCAAACCCGGAGUUGCGGCGCAGAGAAGCAGAAGCGUCGAGGGCUCGCCGUCAAGCACACCCGGAGCUGCGGCGCAGAGAAGCAGAAGCUAAGCGGGCGCGCCGUCAAGCGGACCCUGCGGUGAGAUAUCGCGAAGCAGAAGCGAAACGGAGGCGGCGGCAAGAGAACCUCGAUAAAGUGCGGGCGCGGGAUGCGGCGGCGAAGCGCCUAAAGCGGUCGCUCUCUGCCGGAGGCGGCGCCGCCGCGUGCGUCAGGCCCGAUUUAUUCCACCGCAGGUUGGACCAGAGCUGCGAGGUAUGCGACCGCUUGCGCUCCGACAACAAGACUGUGAUCACCAGCAUCCACAUCGAGCAAUCCCGCGCCAACGCAGUAGUUCAACGAGAGUUCCCUGUAGCUGUCACGUCAUCGGCCCCGACACCAGAGUGCAUCGCUGUCAGAGGAGUACUACUGAGGAGGUGCCCUUGUGGUCAAGUGGUCGACACGAAUGAUGCAAGCCAGUUGCUGGAUUGGGAAGUGCGAAGGGACGUGUCGAUCCAGUGUGGCCUACAAGAAAUGGCUCCCCUGCCUCUCCCAACAGAAAUUUUUCCAUCAGCAGCAACUAUGGAGAGCAUAAGGACAGGAACAAGUUGCAGCCAGGCUGGAAGCCUGCCCUCUGAGUUUGAGAGUGGAAUGGAACAUGGCACAGACAGUGCAGUGGCAUGCAAGCAGAUGUUUCACUGCAAUCGCUGCCAAUACUCCACUCCUAAGCUUCAUAAGUUGAGACGUCAUCUGUUAUCACAUAGCGCAGAAAAGCCUUUCCAGUGUGAGGUCUGUCCAGAGGCAUUCAAGAGCUUGGAGUCCUACAAAGCCCACAUGUGCAUACACACGGGAGAAGUGCUAUACCAGUGCCAUCUUUGCCCAUUUACGACUUCCUACAACACGCAGCUGUUGGAACACAAGAGAGCUCACUCGAACACUGCAUCUUUCGCCUGCAACAUGUGCGCAUAUACAACUAAAAAAAAGGCAAACCUGCAUAUGCACAAGCUCAACCACAUAAGGGAUAUGCCUUUCAAGUGCAAAGUCUGCUCUUUUGGUUACAAUAACAAACGGUAUCUAAAAAAUCACAUGCGGCAACACUUGGAAUCGUAGCAAUGCCGGUGAUUGUGGCAAUUCAUGGAAGCAGCAUCCACCAUCUCGCACCUUCAAAGAUGAGCAGAUGCCAUUGACAAGUUGAACGAAAAAAAGAAAGGAGUCGAUGCCUGGUAGUGUACAUCUGAAUGUCUGCAUUCAUUGUGUCCAUUGUGCAUCAUUAAUGGGAUGAACGUUUCAGACUCUGGCACCUUAACUGAAAAUCUAAUUAACAAGACUGUCAUCUGCAUCACAUGCUUGAGCAUUCAUAUACCAAACUUUGUUGUUAUCCAGUGUGUGGUUCAGCCAUGCAAAUAGUGUUGGACAUGCCCUUAAUCAUUGUAGCAGAUUGCAUUCUUAGAAUCAAUGACCAUAUUCUUCAGCAGAAACCCGUGUUGGAAAAUCUGCCUUAUAUGAAAAUUGUCGAAAUCUGUCGUGCAAGUGAGCAAGGCAAAGAAAGUUUCACUGAAAUACAGGAUGGGUGCUCCAGCGGUAUUGAUGCAGUGAAAUCAAAAGUGAACUGUUGCUUAGAUGUGGUUUCGAUAACCACAAGACUGGAAACUGUCCUGCUCUGGGCAAGCAAUGCCCCAAAUGCGGAGGCCACAUUCAUUUCGCACGUAUGUGUCAAGGACCACAGUCACAACAACACAACGAAAGACCAAGUGUACAAGAAGUUCAAGUAGCACAAGAGGAAGAACUGUUCUUUCAGACAUUGUAAAUCAAUACGGUGGAUCGAGUUGAUCGUUAAUCAUCAACGGUUAUUAUUGCAAGGAUGUACGUGAUGUGUAAGAUUGACACUGUUGCCAACUGCUGUGUGAUGCCCGAGGCAGUGUUCAGGCGAAUAACAUGCAAGUCGCCGGCGCAGCCAUGGUCGGCUACUCUGUGCACAUUUUUUUGGAAUCGCAUCAAAAAAGAUUGAGCUCCCUAUCAACCACAAAGGAAAGUGCACCAAAACAGAAUUUUUCGUCAAGCCGGAGGUCUCACUGACAAUAAGUGGCUGCGUGGCUGAACGCCUUGGCAUGAUAACCCGCAUAGCUUCAAUUAAGGUGGCCGGCAGCAAUCAACCUAAGUUUGAAGAUGUUUUUCAAAGCCUAAGAGAACUCAAGGGAAUCAUCUACCAUAUGCAGUUGAAGUUUUUCUUUUUCUUUUCUUUUUCUUUUAUUUCCAGAAUAAACGAAAACAUUACAUUCUG